UAGAGUGUUGCGUGGUUUGAUUGUGUAUAAGCAAAAGUAUUCUCUUCGUAAAAGCUACACUUUUCCAACUACUGCUGGCACAAUGAACCGCUUGGAUGAAUCCGAAUCGACGCCGAAAAAGCGUACCAUGAAACCGGACGAAACCGUUGUUAAAGAAGCUAUCACAAAAUCGGGCCGAAAGGUCAAGCGUCCAGCGCAUCUUCACUCGCCGGAACGUACACCGAGUGCAUCGCCAUCCGAUGCUAGAAAGUCCGUACCAGUGAGAGCAAAGAAAGCAGUCGAACCAUUAGCAGGUACACCUGGCAAGCGAACGGCGAUGAAGGAGCAGAAUUCCCCGGAAGAAGUAAAGGGCUCACGCAAAACCAUUGCCUCGGUCCGAAAAACAAUCUCUGAAGAUUUGAACACUCCAAAGCAGAACAAGGAAAAGAAGCAAAUGACAAACACCGUGGAUGACGCCGCUGGUAUCUCAAAAUCUGGACGCAAAAUAAAGAUCCCGACAAAGUUAAUGGAGUUUGAAAGUGUUGUGCUAAGCAGUCCUCGCAAACUUGCUGCAUCAGAUCAAGACGCGGCUGUUAAGGAAAAGCCAGCGAAAACUCCUGCUCGAUCAAAAACGCCUGCUAAGUCUGCUGUGAAGAGCAAUGCUUUACAGCAAAACCUACAUCCGUUCGACGACGGAGAAGAGAAUCUUGCCGUUCGGAAGACGCCGGGACGUCGUGCCAAGUCUGUAGCACCUGACCUGGUGAAUGUAGACGUCGUUCGCCCGCCUAAACGUAAAGAUGUAUCUUCAUUAAUCAGUAAAGAAGCGGAAAAGGAAAUUGGAGCAUCGGAACAAACUCAUCCUAAGACACCAGGGAAACGAGUCGGAAAGACUUUACUGAGUUUAGAUAUGAAAGUUUCCCCAAAAACUCCAGGUCGCCGAGGAAAAUCGGUUGCACCAGAUUUGAUAGAAGCUGUUCCGAAAACACCGGGUCGUAGAGCUGCUAAAUCAUUGAUAGAUGCAAGUGUAACAGCAUUGGGUCUAGCAAGUCCAAGAGCGCAACGACCAUCUACAAAAACUCCCGGUCGCCGUCCAAAAUCCGUUGCAGUUGAGAAAAUAGACUCGAUGCAAGAAGACCCAACGGGAGUUGGUAAAAUUAUCGCAUCAGAAGAACCUUUGUCUCGUUCGGGUAGAAAGCUAAAGCCGAAGAAAGUGUUUGAUUAUACGCAGGAAGAAAAACCUAUUCAGCCUAACGACACGAAUGAACAAGCUUCCAGCGAUGGCAGACGUAAACGGAAAGUGAACAGUAAUGAUGAAGUUACAAAGUCGCCCACGAAGAAGAAAAUCAUCGAUAACUUGGGGCUACAAACUCCGAAAGUUAAGAGCCGUAUUGAACCGAACCUUUCUGUGCUUGGCACAGAAUCUCCUCACAUAGAAAAUUCCACUGAUGUAUCGGUUUCGCGAUCGGGAAGAAAGAUCAAACCGAAGAAAAUGUUCGGAUUCGAUGACGGUGUUGAAACGACGACCACAUUCGUCCACGUUACAGGCUCCUCAUCACCAACAUUGACUGGAGAAACGGUUGAAGCGGAUAUGAAGGAUGGCAAAGUACCAACCACGAAUGCCGGAGAGAAUGAUACACGCUCUGCUACAAUUAAUACAGUAAGCUCACCAUCAAAACGGACAGCCUCGGCGGCAAAAGUCGAACAAAAUACUUUUAUCCCGAUGACAAUUGAUAAAAAAUUGAAAGGAUUAGCCAAAGCUGAUGAAAUAGACAAACAGCGAUCAUGCAUUACCAAUCGUGGCGUGGAUGAUCACGAUCGUCACUCAUUCAUCACUAAACGUGGCGUGGAUGAUCAUCAUAAAACAGCUAAAGUGAAAGAGCAGCAGCAACACUUAAUCGAUGAGACGGAUCGUGCUAGGGUUAGUUCGCAGCCAGUGAUAAUUCUCACAUCGAUUGGAUUUGGUAAACCAAUGGUUCCGAAACAAACGCUGUCGGAAAUAGCGACUUUAUCGGCAAAAGAUGACGGUAGUAAAGUUAACAAAAACGUAACUUCACCUAGUGUAGAAGCUCAGACGGUUGGAAGCAGUCGCUCCGGUCGAAAAUUAAAACCGAAAAAGUUCUUCGAUGCAGACGAUCUUACAACAGCUAGCCGUCAGGCGGGUGUUAACCUUGAACCAAACCACCCCGUUCCGGUGUCUACAAUGUUGGCUCCAACGCAGCGGAUUGUUGAGCAGGAAAAUAAUGAAGAAUGUGCAGCAUUGGUUGAUGAUGUAGCAGCCGAUGGAGUAAUGAACACUGCAGAUGGAACUGACAUUCCAGAAGGUCCGGUUAAGCAUGUGAAUAAAUUGAUCGUUGAGAAUCUGAACGACGAUGGCGAAGAGCAGAAACAACAGCAUAUAACUUCGAUGGAGCCGGAACAGGUUACCAGUGCCGAGACAGAUCUUAAUGAUGUGGUAAUGAAGCCGGAAGAAGAUGUACAAAGCAUGGAGGAUCAGACAGAACAAAUUGAAAUCAGUAAGGAAAGAACGAUCGCAACGAAAGAAGAAUCAACUGCACAGGUAAUUGAAGAAAAAUCGGUUGUUCCGGAAAACCAUAAUAUGACCCUAGAGGAAGGAAAACGGAAUCAGUCAUCCGCGGAGACCCACACACCGAACGACGUUUAUUCAGAAGGGUAAGUUGCAUUAAACAUAUCAGUAGCAGUUGUCCAAAGUAACGGAGAAGAUGCAGCAUUGAAAGAAUCUUCCUUGGAUACAGAAGUUAAACAACAUCAGCUGGGAGAACAUUCUUCUGUAAAAGCUACUGAUUUGGCACCUCCUUCAGCUGGCCAUGAUGAAGUAGGCAAUACCACCAUUGAUGAAACGGAAAACGAAACAAAUGAUGCAAUCGAAACUCCGCAGAAUGCAUCAGCCUCUAUUUUGAAUACCAAAUCGGAGGAGGAGAGGCUCAGUGGAGUACCCACUGGAAGCAUUAUUUCCCCGAGUGGAAUGGCUGAUGAGGAAAUGUUAGAUGAAGCAUCCUUAGGAGGUAUUGAGUAUUUAGAAGAUGAGAUGAAUAAUAUCGUUGAACACAUUAAGAAGCCUUCCUCCAUGCAAGAACCUGCGGAAGAGGGCAGUUCCGCGUCCGUAUCUGCAAUGCCUUCGAUUGUAAUAAUUUCGGCAACACCUGCUAGAAGUGCACUGAACGAAACGUAUUCGCCUGUAAAACCGAAUAGUUCUAUCAUCGAUAUCACGGGUGAAACGCCUCGUCCAGUGGCAGCAGCUGCUGCACCACGGACGCCGGACCCAAAAUUGACUGCUCAGGAAGCGAAUGAAAAAUAUUCGCCCGAUAAGCCACCGGAAGUUAUUGAAAUAAUGGACAGUCCGGCUGUGGCAGCAUUUUGCAAACAGAUCAACGAUGACUCCGCACUCGGUGGUGACGGUGGAAGUGCCACUAGUACACCGUUAGCCAUGAAACCAUCACUGGUACAAACAAUAACUGAAUCUGUGGACCAUGAGCAGCUCAAUGUGCAGUUCGAAAGCCGUAAGCGAUCCCUUUCCGCUAGUGCAGCGGACACGACAAUGAAGCGCAAUGUCACCUUCCAUAGUCCGGCUAACUGCACCAUGUUGGUAGAAACGAUCGAUGAACGAUUAAUGUUGAAGAGCUUGCAGGACCAACAGCAACAGCGACAAGAAACAAUGGAGACCAGCUCAAAAAGCAUAGGAGAAAAGCUGCGCAAACCUCGAAAACGUUCGCUGUCGGAACACAAACCGUCGGAACUGAAACGAAACAAGACCAGCAAGUUGCCAAACUUCAAAUCUAUACAUGCAAACCAUUUCAAUCGCAUGGAAUCGCUAGCCGAUUUCAUGAAGCGCAAAGAAUCGCGAGCAAAGCAAAUCCUUUCUUCGUGCAGUCCGGCAACGAAGUUUCUUUCACGGCCGAUGACGGAUACGUCCGGAAAAGAUGGAGUUCCUUCGGUGGAAAAGAAAAUUCCCUCCUCAACAUCGAAACCUUUUAUUUUCAAAUCCGCUGGCGGAGGAAUACCAGUACCGUCGGCAGGACUGUUUGUUACACGUACCAAGGAAGGGCCAACUGCAGCAAAGAAACACAUCGUAAGCGAUACAGAGAGAAUGGCUAACCGGAUGAAGCAAUUUCAGACAACAUUUAAACCGAAGCAAAUCGGUACGGAUACGAGCGCGGUACCGGUGUCCAGUUCGCUGCCAUCGACAAGCACUCACAACGGUACCGGUGAGCGCCCGGUAGAUCAACUGCGUACCAAGCAAUCAAAAAUUUUGAAGGGUGUUCGAACGAACCGACGAUUCGAAUUGCAGAUGAAACACCGGGACAAUCUUCAACAUCAGUAAAAGGCCUGCAUCAUUUGUGUCGUAAACCGAACGAAGAGACGUUGAAAGGUGGUGUCCGUGGUAUCUCAUAUAUUAUUACUUUUUUUUGUUUUACUUUUUCUAACCGAUGUUAUUACAUUAACCUCGUUUUGUCUUAUAAAACACGACCCAAUUUACGGAGCUAAAACUCCAUCACAUAUUGUGUUUUUUUAAAUAUAUAUCGUUAUAUUGGAUAAACUAGAAACACUAACAAAAAUUGAUAACCUGAUUGAAUUUGAUCGCUUUCCGUUGAAAACAAUAAAGA